AUGUCCCUCACCAUCCUCCUCCUCCCCCUCGCCCUCUUCCUCCUCACCCUCCACUUCCUCCACCGCGCCCUCACCUCCCCUCUCAACGCCAUCCCCGGCCCCUGGCACAGCAAAUUCACCACCCUAGUCCUGAAAUGGCACGAGUUCCGGACGCACCGCACGCGCUACAUCCACGCUUUACACCUGCGGUAUGGGCCUGUUGUGCGUGUGGCGCCGGAGGAGGUGGUGUUUGCGUCCGGGACGGCGGUGAAGGAGAUUUACUGCUCGGGGGGGAGUGGGUAUGAUAAGACGGGGUUUUAUGAUAUGUUUCGGAUUUAUGGACGACGGACGAUGUUUACGACCUUAAAUAAGGAUGAUCAUGCAAAGAGAAAGCGAAUUCUUGCGGACCGCUACGCCAACACCAACAUCGUCCGGCCGCAAUCUUUGGACGGUAUUGCAGAGCGAGCGGGGAAUUUCGUCAAGAGGUGUAUCCAGUCUGUGGGCGGGAGCCUUGAUAUUUACGUGGGUCAUCCCCCUGACUUAGAAUGUUUACUAGGCCUUCACUCUUACGCCUUCGACUGCGUCACACACCACCUGUUCCAUCCUCAGGGGACAGAUUCGUUAUUAGUGGAUAAGGACGAGGAGAUCAUGCGGGAAGUCACCUUUGACGACAGUCUCCAAAACCGGCUCUUCCAACAUUACUGGCCCACAGCUUACAAGCUGAUCAACCCAUUCCUCUCCCUCCUCGCCAAACCCCGCGAAACGCCCCUCGCCGACGACUUCGUCCUCGACACCUGCGCUCACCAGGACCCGGCCCCCUUCACCCUCCUCAACCGCCUCCAGAGCCCCGGCUACCCGCUCGACAGCACCGACAUCGCGGCCGAGUGUCUUGAUCACAUGGCCGCGGGGAUCGACACCACAGGCGACGCGCUGUGUUUCCUGAUGUGGGAGCUCUCCCAGCCGCGAUCGAUCCAGUUCCAGCGGAAGCUUCAGGAGGAGUUACGGCUGUCGAACGGCUCGCAAGGAGGGGUGGUGAACCCGGCGAAUUUUGAUAAACUUCCUUACCUUGACGCCGUGGUUAUGGAGGGGUUGCGGUGUUUCCCGGCGAUUCCCAUGUCGCUGCCGCGGUGUGUGCCGGCGGGCGGGCGGACGAUCGACGGGUUCUAUGUCCCAGGGGGGACCACGGUCAGUUGUCAGGCUUAUUCAGUCCAGAAGUUGGAUGGGGUUGUAUUUCCCGAUCCGGAGCGGUUUGACCCUGGGCGGUGGUUGGAGAGUGAGAAGGGGGAUGCGGAGAGGAGGAGAUUAUUUUUUGCUUUUGCGAAUGGGGGGAGAGGGUGUGUGGGUAAGCACUUGGCUCUCGCUGAGAUGAAGGUGCUCCUUCAGGCAGUCUACUCCCGGUUCACCACACUCCCGGACCUGAGCAUGACGGCCGAAGACAUGGAGAUGUCAGACCAGCUCAUCUCGUCGCGGCCGGCUGGGCAGAAGUGUCUGAUGAGGUUCGUCCCUUCGGACGACAUGGAAGCAAAGUAG